GUUAUCUCAACGACAUAUUCCGCUCGAUGCAGGUGACGCCGCUGCCGGGCGCGGCCCUAAGCGGGCCCCGGUCGCAUCGGCAGCGCCCAAGUGGGUCAUCCGCUCGUAUCGGUCCUUCGAGGUCGCGCGGAGCGUCCCUCAACCGGCCCAACAGACUGUCCAGCGUUCGAGACGGGGGCGGCGGCCACCGUGACUCGGCCGUGACGCGCUUCUCCAUGAUCAUACGAAGCCACAAUGCCAACAUGAAGAUCCGCCACUCGCUCUCCGCUCCAUCGAUUCGCACGCCGAUCUUGAUCCUGCUCGUGUUCAUGAACAUUGUGUCGGCCAUCUACUUGGGUCUGUGGGGGCUAUUCUUCUUGACGGCGCAUCCCAUCGUGAUCACAACGCUCAAGUUGUUUGCGCCUGUUCCGACUGGAAUCAUCUACAUGGGGCUGUGCGUGUGGCAUUGCGUCGACAUUGGAAUGAUCGUGUUCGGGACGCAUCGACUGCACCAAGUUCACCAAGCGCCGCGCCUUGUCGCGUCGUUUCAUCUCAAGUGCGUCGACUCGAUUCGAAUACGGUGCGUCCGGCGAUUGCUGCUUUGGUUUGCCAAGCACGAGAUUAUCCGCCUCGGUCGGCAUGCCUUGGUGGUGGUCGUGCUCUCGAUUCAUGCCCACCACGUCAGCCACAGCGUCGUCGACGACUGGUUCGCAUUCACGUACACGUUGUUGGUGGCGUUCUACUGCUUUGUCACACCGUCUUGUCUGCUGAGCUCGCAUCCGUUCAUCAAACGCUACGUGACGCUCUUGAACGAUGCGUUUUUCCACUUUUUGCUCAGCACUGGCCUCAGCUCGUUUCUGUUUUUUCCGGGCGUGUACGCGUACGCGACGUCGCUGACGCUGCCGUGGAUGCACCAUUACUACCACGACCUUGUCCUGACGUACCGCGUGCUCGUGUCGACGUCGGUGGGGGACCUCGCCCUCUUUGUGUUCAUCUUUGUGACCAACCACUUGACUCUGCACCACUUGACGCAUGUCGCGCUGUCCGCGUCGUCCGUCGCGCAGCUCCAAUCGAUGCUGGUACAGAAGAAUGGCACGGUCACAAAUUUGAAUGCCACCAACCACCACACAGACACGGUGCGCAAGAUCGUCGACAACGCGCCGCCGCCCGAACGCGAGCCAAACGCGCCACAGCCGCCGAUGCGCCAAGCGAUGCCCCAGCCCGGGCCGCCGCUCCGUCCCGCGAGUUCGAGGCUGUCCAUGUUUCAAGGGGUUGCGAGCGCGCGCCGACUCACCGGCCGCGCUAUCUUGACGUUUCGCGAGCAACAGACCAACCUUCCGUUCAAGGUGUUUUUCGUCAUCAACGUGGUGUGGGGCGUCGUGCUGGUCGUGGCGGCAUGUUCCGGCUUGUGGCAUGCCCCGUGCGCCCCUGGAUGCCUUGCGCACACGUCGCCGUGGUUUGCCGUCCAUGAGUGCACGUGCAAGGCAUUUGAACUUCACUGUGUCAAGUUGCAACUUGAGAACGCCUCGACAACGCAGAUCGAGCGCGUGCUGCUCGAUCUUGACGACAACCUCUUUUCGCUGCACGUCGUCCACUGUGAUAUGCUCCCCCACGGACUGUCGUCAGUGGUCUUGGAUCGAUUUCGCGCGCUGUUUCUCUUACGUAUCGAGUUUACGCCGAUCGGGGCAUGGAGCCAUGGCACGUUGCCGCCGACCCUCCAAGUUCUCGAAGUCCGCUACUGCAAUUUGACCGAGGUACCUCACAUCCUGGACGUUGCCCAUUCGGACAACUUGCCAUCGCUUGUGUCGCUGUCGCUGGACGAUACGACCAUUUCGUCCGUCCCCGCCGCCAUGGCAUUCUGGCCAGACUUGAUGCAUGUACGCCACACCGUCGCGCCGAAUGCUGUGGACAUCGCUCGUGUUUAGGUACGCAUCACGCAUGCCCAACUCACGGCGAUCCCGCCACCUCUUGUGUUGAACCCGCGCAUUUCCAUCUUGGACCUCAAGGCAAAUGCUAUCUCGACCGUCGAAGCAUGGCCGCCUCACGUGCAAUAUGUCGACCUGUCCAAUAAUGGCAUUUCGUCCGUGCCGCCCGCGGUCGUCGACGCCUACUUGGCAUCCCCGUUUUUCCUGCUCUUGGUAUCGAACCCGCUGGUCGAGUUGGAUCCGUUCUUGUUGGCGACGUGCGUUCUCUUGGCGCCGCUCCGCGUCGACAUCGCAGACACCCCGCUGUGCUCUCGCCUCGCGCCGAUGCUCCCCAACGACUUGGCCAGCGUCGUCUGCUACGCCAAGUGUGCCCCGCAGUGCCCACUCCACGCUCUCGGCGACCACGUCGCCGACAUGCCGUGCAAUGUCGAAAGCUGUAACUACGACAUGGGCGAUUUCAACACGACAUGGCACGAUUAGUUUCGUCAUCACGUGUGCAGCACACUUGACGAUCGUGUGAGACCCGUCCGCUUCGCAUGUGCGCAAAGCCACCAUGGCCCCGUCCCUGUCCGAAAUGCACGCUGUCGUUCGCCCAUCCACAACUUUCAUUGCUCUCGGCCUCUACAGGCCAUGGCGUGGUCCCAUUCAACACAGACUGCGACCGCAGCACAUCAAAUGGCAUUGUCUUCGGCGGCGAAAACGACGCAUCAACACGGUAGAGCUAGUACUGCGCGAAUUCGCGCGUGAGUUACCGCAUGAAAUGGCAAAGCGGAC